AUGGGCAACAACCAGUCAACACCCAAGAUCACCCAGCAAGACAAGGCCAUCCUAGACUUCAGCAUACAAACAGUACUAGACCGUGAGCAGGAAAUCGCGCGGCAACACCUGCGAGCGGGGCAUAAAGAUCGCGCGCUGGUCGCACUGAGGCAGCGCAAGUACCAGGAAUCACUCCUCGUCAAGACAGACAACCAACUGGAGUCGCUUGAACAGCUUGUAUCGACGAUCGAGUUCUCUUUGGUGCAAGUAUCCGUGUUACAUGGGUUGAAACAGGGGAAUGACGUGUUGAAGGAGAUUCAUCGGGAGAUGAACCCAGAGAGUGUUGAACGCUUGCUCGAGGAGACGGCGGAGGCACAGGCAUAUCAAAGGGAGAUUGAUGAGAUGCUUUCCAAUACACUGACUCUGGAUGAAGAGAGCGCUGUACAAGAAGAAUUGCGCCAGUUGCAAGCCGAAGCUACCGCUGGAUUAAUACCUGAACUUCCUGAGGCUCCUAAGGAAGAGCCCGUUCUAUUGGAGGAUACUCGAGAAGAAGUGCCUGCGACUGAGGAGCGCACUAGAGUUGCUUUAGAAGCCUAACCAUAUUAUGAUUCCGUUGGCAGGAACCAAGGUCAUACCCUGGACGAAUUCGCGCAGCAUUUCGUCCAGAUACUUUUCAUUUACAAGCAAUCUUCAUGUACCUCGGCGGCAGUCGGUGAAAGAUUAUGAACUAAUA